AUGUCCUCAAAAUCCUUCUUCGUGCAGAUGUGCCAGGAGGAGCACAAGAAAAAGCACCCGGAGUCCUCGGGCAACUUCGACGAGUUCUCCAAGAAGUUCAAAGAUUUGGCCACAAGCCACAAAGCUCGUUAUGACAGAGAGAUGAAGAAUUAUGUUCCUCCCAAAGUUGAUAAGAAAGGAAAAACAAAAAAGGAUCCUAAUGCUCCAAAAAGACCACUGUUUGCCUUCUUCCUGUUUUGCUCUGAACAUCGCCCAAAGAUCAAAAGUGAACACCCCGGCCUGACUUUUAGAGAUACUGCAAAAAAAUUGGGUGAGAUGUGGUCUGAACAGUCUGCCAAAGAUGAACAACCCUAUGAGCAGAAAGCAGCUAAACUAAAGGAGAAGUAUGAAAAGGAUAUUGCUGCAUACUGUGCCAAGGGCAAAAGUGAAGCAUGAAAGAAGGGUCCUGGUAGGC